UCGCGGAAAACCAAUCCCUCCCGCAGCCCCCCGUUGCUGAGGCUGCGCGCUCGGCGCUUCGUCCCCAAGGAACCGCGGCCGCCAAGGCCCCCCCGCAUAAAUCCCCCCCGCUCCCAACUUGCUCCAUCGAAUCCUCGAAUCGAAUCGCGACCAAAUCCCCCGCCCCACGCUCCCCUCCUCACCGUGCGCGCGCACGCACCAACCCCACCCCAGCCAAACUCGCCGUCCUCACUCCAUCCGCCGCCCCAACCGAUCCCCCUCAAGCGCCCUCGUCGUGUCGCGCGGGCGCAAUGACGGCCGUCGCGGCGCCGCCGCCGCGGCAGCUGAGCCUGGAGGACCUGAAGGCGGUGUCCGUGCUGGGGCGCGGCGCCAAGGGCGUCGUGUUCCACGUCGUGCCCGCCCCGGGGGAACCGGAGGGCGAGGACGAGGGCGCAGCGGCGGCGGAGGUGGCCAUGGCUCUCAAGGCGGUGUCGCGGGAGGCGGCGCGGCACAGGAAGGCGGCGAGCGGGGACGGGGACGGGCACCGCCGGAUCUGGUUCGAGCGGGACGUGCUCCUCGCGCUGCGCCACCCGCUGCUCCCCUCGCUCCGGGGCGUCCUCGCCACCGACGCCGUCGUGGGAUUCGCCAUCGACCGCUGCGGCGGCGGCGACCUCAACUCGCUCCGGCGGCGCCAGACCGAGAAGAUGUUCUCCGACUCCGUCAUCCGGUUCUACGCGGCGGAGCUGGUGCUGGCGCUCGAGUACCUGCACAGCCUCGGCAUCGUGUACCGGGACCUCAAGCCGGAGAAUGUCCUCAUCCAGGACAGCGGCCACAUCAUGCUCGUCGACUUCGACCUCUCCACGCGGCUCCCGGCGCCGCCGCAGGAGCCGGACGCGCCAGCCGAGAGCACCAAACCGGCGCCUCCGGUCGCCGCGCCGUCGCCCGGCCGCGGGAAGCCAAGGAAACCCGCGGGUGCCGCCCUGUGCUUCCCAUUCCGCACCGGCGGCGCCGCGAAGCCUGCCGCGGACUCGCCGUCGCCGCCGUCCACCUCGCGGACGGCCUCCUCGUCGUCCUCGUCCUCGACGGCCACCACGGCCUCCUCCGGGGCCUCGGCCGGCGCGCGGACGCCCGCGAAGUCGAACUCGUUCGUGGGUACGGAGGACUACGUGGCGCCGGAGAUCAUCGCCGGGCGCGGCCACGACUUCGCCGUGGACUGGUGGGGCCUGGGCGUGGUGCUCUACGAGAUGCUCUACGGGCGCACGCCGUUCCGGGGGCAGAACCGCAAGGAGACCUUCUACCGCGUGCUCGCCAAGCAGCCGGAGCUCAUCGGCGAGCAGACGCCGCUGCGUGACCUCAUCGCCCGCCUCCUCGAGAAGGACCCCGAGAAGCGCAUCGGCGCGCGCGGCGUCAAGGCUCACCCCUUCUUCCGGGGCGUCGACUGGGACCGCAUCCUCCACGUGGCGCGCCCGCCGUUCAUCCCGACCCCGCCACAGGAAGAGGACGGCGACGAGGCGCUCGACGUCGAGAAGGUCGUGCGCGAGGUGUUCGCGUCCAAUGACGCCGAGGCCACAAAGGCGGGCGAGGGCGAGGGCGAGAAGGCAUCGCCGGAGGCGGACGGGGGCCGCGGUGGCGACGGCGAAGGGCGGAGGAGAGACCCAUCAAAAGAUGGUGAUUUCUCCGUGUUUUUCUGAGCUUAUAUAUUUUUUAUUUUCCUUUUCUUUUUUGAGAAAAGUUAACUACUACUGGUAGUUGUAUUUGUUGUUUAUUGAGUUGCCUUUUUCCUAAGGAUUUGUAGUAUGAACAUGAUGGGAUUUAGCGGAUGAGAUUAGGAGUGAGUACGGCGCAGUGGCCGGUGGAGUACAUAAAUUAAAGAGGUGCUCCAGUUCUAUGGGGUAUAGUCACUAUAGCUCUUUUUUUUCUUUCUAUUUUCUUUUUUAUUAUUGGAUACUUUGCUUCGUACAUAUGAAUAAUGAGAGUGGAAUCGGCUCAUUAAAUGUAAAUUGUUGCUGUGAAUAUUUUGUU